AUGCCAUGCCGUAGCAGUAACUGCUCCUGCAGGAGCUUGCAUCUGUAUUUCCCUACUGCCAUAGCAGUGACCGCUUCCACAGAAGCCUCCUCCUCUUUUCAGAAGCCACAUUCUCUUUUCAGAUUCCACAGAAGUGCUCACUCCCGCAGGACCCUCUAUCCCUACUUCCCACUCAUCUCUACUUCUCACUGCCGCAGCAGUACCUGCUCCCGCAGGAGCCUGUAUCUCUACUUCCCUCUGCCGCAGCAGUGCCCGCUCCCGCAGGAGCCUGUAUCUCUACUUUCCUCUGCCGCAGCAGUGCCCGCUUCCGCAGAAGCUACAUUAUCUUUCAGAUGCCGUAGCAGUGCCGUCUCAAUAGAAGCCACAUUCUCUUUUCAGAUUCCACAGAAGUGCUCACUCCCGCAGGACCCUCUAUCCCUACUUCCCACUCAUCUCUACUUCUCACUGCCGCAGCAGUACCUGCUCCCGCAGGAGCCUGUAUCUCUACUUUCCUCUGCCGCAGCAGUGCCCGCUUCCGCAGGAGCCUGUAUCUCUACUGCCCACUCAUCUCUAUUUUCCACUGUCGCAGCAGUGCCUGCUUCUGCAGAAGCCACAUUCUCUUUUCAGAUGUUGCAGCAGUGCCCGCUUCCGCAGAAGCCACAUUCUCUUUUCAGAUACCGUAGCAGUGCCCGUCUCAAUAGAAGCCACAUUCUCUUUUCAGAUGUUGCAGCAGUGCCCGCUUCCGCAGAAGCCACAUUCUCUUUUCAGAUGUUGCAGCAGUGCCCGCUUCCGCAGAAGCCACAUUCUCUUUUCAGAUGCCGUAGCAGUGCCCGUCUCAAUAGAAGCCACAUUCUUUUUUCAGAUGUUGCAGCAGUGCCCGCUUCCGCAGAAGCCACAUUCUCUUUCAGACGCCGUAGCAGUGCCCGUCUCAAUAGAAGCCACAUUCUCUUUUCAGAUGUUGCAGCAGUGCCCGCUUCUGCAGAAGCCACAUUCUCUUUUCAGAUGCCGCAGCAGUGUCCGCUCCCGCAGUAGCUAAACUCUCUUCUCUAAAGGCCACAGCAGUGCCGUUACUCCAAGCGCCGUCCAGCACCCCACCAACAUUAAGCUCUGCCGAUUUUGGGGGGUAUCAACACACCUCUUUGGCUGCUGUCCCGUGCUUAUUGCAUCUUUGGGGGGAAUGCUCUGGGUCCGGGCUAAAUGCAGAGCUCGGACCCCUCUCCCCGUACAGGGGGAGUACCCUGGGCUCGGGGGUUCAUUCAGAUCUUUGUGGCACCAAAUGCAUUGAAAGUAACAGGUCAGCUGGAAUUCUGGAAAGAGGGUGCAAAGAAAAAGGAUCUGCCUGAAUCCCCUCCUGCUGUUUCUCAUCGGAGAGCUUGUCAACUUUGACUGUCAAAAUUAGUGAAAUUUAACACAACAACACAAACAAAUUUUUACUGUUACUAUUAUUUGAUUUUUAUUAACACUACCAGUCAAAAGUUUUUGAACACUAAGAUUUUUAAUGUUUUUAAAGAAGUCUCUUCUGCUCACCAAGCCUGCAUUUAUUUGAUCCAAAGUACAGCAAAAACAGU